AUGGCGCUCUCCGUGGAGAAGACCUCGUCGGGCCGGGAGUACAAGGUCAAGGACCUCUCCCAGGCCGACUUCGGCCGCCUCGAGCUCGACCUCGCCGAGGUCGAGAUGCCCGGCCUCAUGGCCUGCCGCACCGAGUUCGGGCCCUCGCAGCCCUUCAAGGGCGCCCGCAUAUCCGGCUCCCUCCACAUGACCAUCCAGACCGCCGUCCUCAUCGAGACCCUUACCGCGCUCGGCGCCGAGGUCCGCUGGUGCUCCUGCAACAUCUUCUCCACCCAGGACCACGCCGCCGCCGCCAUCGCCCGCGACUCGGCCGCCGUCUUCGCCUGGAAGGGCGAGACCCUCGAGGAGUACUGGUGGUGCACCGAGCGCUGCCUCGACUGGGGCGCCGGCGGCGGCCCCGACCUCAUCGUCGACGACGGCGGUGACGCCACGCUGCUCAUCCACGAGGGCGUCAAGGCCGAGGAGGAGUUCGAGAAGUCCGGCAAGGUCCCCGACCCGGAGUCCACCGACAACCCCGAGUUCAAGAUCGUCCUCACCAUCAUCCGCGACGGGCUCAAGACCGACGCCCACAAGUACCGCAAGAUGAAGGAGAGGCUCGUCGGUGUCUCCGAGGAGACCACCACCGGCGUCAAGAGGCUCUACCAGAUGCAGGAGUCCGGCACCCUCCUCUUCCCCGCCAUCAACGUCAACGACUCCGUCACCAAGAGCAAGUUUGACAACCUUUACGGUUGCCGUCACUCGCUCCCUGAUGGUCUUAUGAGGGCCACUGAUGUUAUGAUCGCCGGCAAGGUUGCCGUGGUCUGUGGUUAUGGUGAUGUUGGCAAGGGCUGUGCCGCCGCACUUAAGCAGGCUGGUGCCCGUGUGAUCGUGACAGAGAUUGACCCCAUCUGUGCCCUUCAGGCCCUGAUGGAGGGCAUCCAGAUCCUCACCUUGGAGGAUGUUGUCUCUGAGGCUGAUAUCUUUGUGACCACCACCGGAAACAAGGACAUCAUCAUGGUUGACCACAUGAGGAAGAUGAAGAACAACGCCAUUGUCUGCAACAUUGGUCACUUUGACAACGAGAUUGACAUGAACGGCCUUGAGACCUACCCUGGUGUCAAGCGCAUCACCAUCAAGCCCCAGACUGACCGCUGGGUCUUCCCCGAGACCAAGACCGGCAUCAUUGUUCUUGCUGAGGGUCGUCUGAUGAACCUUGGAUGUGCCACUGGCCACCCCAGCUUUGUCAUGUCCUGCUCAUUCACUAACCAGGUUAUUGCUCAGCUUGAGUUGUGGAACGAGAAGGCCACCGGCAAGUACGAGAAGAAGGUGUACGUUCUCCCCAAGCACCUCGACGAGAAGGUCGCGGCCCUCCACUUGGGCAAGCUCGGCGCCAGGCUGACCAAGCUCACCAAGUCCCAGUCUGACUACAUUAGCAUCCCAGUUGAGGGUCCUUACAAGCCUGCGGCCUACCGGUACUAG